CCUUAGUACUUCCAGCAUCUCCUCCAAAAAGUAGCAGACCCAGCUCUCUGUUUUCACGAUGGCGCCGAGCAAUCCCCAGCUCAAUGUGAACCUUGCACCUGCUGCAAUCUUCACGAAUCGGGGAUUCCGCAACUCAGAAGCCUACUCCAGGUAUCUGCGAAGCUUUUGUGAUCGCCCCCUUCAUCCCUCAUUUAUCAUCACUCCUACCACAUUCAAUCGGUAUGGACUGAGGGUCAAUGGCUACAUCAAUGAUCUUGGGUGGAGCUCUCUACUUCAGAAUCGGAUUCUUGAUCAGUGCCCUGAGGCUGUGAGAAUGUUCUACGCAAGUAUGCAGUGCGGUCCUGGACACUACCCGUCGUUUUUCACCACAACCGUCUACAAUUUCAGCGUGACAAUCACUGCUGAUGUACUGGCCACUCUCCUGCAUCUUCCUCACGACGGCUACAUUGCUGGAACGACAGAAGAUUUUGAUAGCUAUGGGUUCCAUCCCAUAGAUACUAUGUCGUAUCUAGCUCGUGAUUAUGGGAAGCACCCAUUUUCCAUGUUCUCAGCUGAGCGCAUUCCCGAUGAGCUGAAAGCCCUACACUUCUACAUCACUCGUCUGUUUCUUCCCCGAGACGCUGCCACGGCCUCAACUCUCGACGAGUCCGACUUAUGGAUUCUGUUCAAUGCCAAAACCAGCUGCCCGAUCAGUUAUGCAGCUCUCAUGUUCAAUCACAUGAUCAAAUAUCGGGAAGAAGAGUGCAGCGGGAAGCUGCCCUUUGGUCCGCAGAUUACCUCACUGCUGUCUAUCUUAGGUGUUGAUCUGCGUGGGAAACUCUUCACCCGCGAAGUUCACUCUGAUCUCCAGGCUCAGCACGUUCUGCGUCGCACAUUCUCGGUGCUUGGACCUCAACGGCUUGUCAAUGUUCAAGGGGGAGAGCAACCUGCUGCUGCUGCUCAGACUGAAUCAGAUUCCGACGCGGACUACAAGGCUGCAAUGAUACCUGUGAAGCUCGACAAAGGAAAGGAAAAGGCUGAAUCAUCUGGAACACGCAAGAGGGCUUUGGACUUAGGACACCUCCAGGAAGGAAUUAGACUGGAGAAGGAAGGGAAAAGACUACUUCAGGAUCUGAAUCUGUCCUUGAAAGGGAAAGAGGCUGGUUCCUCUAGCAAGAAGAUCAAGAAGGUCAACAAGGUCUUGUUCGUAUCGUCAGAAGAUGAGGAAAGCGAUCCAUCUGAGUAUGUGUCCUCUCCGGAGUACACCUACUAGGGAGUCCUUCGUCUAACUAUCUUAGGGGGAGAUCCAUGUCGUCGUUGUCGGUUCAUGAAGUCUGGUCUGGUUGUCAAGUUACUCGAGUCGAGUCUUGAUGCUAUUAGGAAGGCUGAUUAAGUUUCUUAAAUAAGACUUAUUGAAGUCC